AGAGGCCAGGCGGCUGAGGCGGCUGAGGUGGCUGAGGUGGCCGCUGGGGCUCAGGCGGCGGGCGCGGCCGGGAUGGCGAAGAGCAGCGGAGAGAAUGGGCCGCGCGCGCCCGCGGCCGGUGGGAGCCUGUCCGGGACUCGGGAGAACCUGGCCCAGGGCCCCGACUCCGCAACAACUGAUGAGCUCAGCUCUCUCGGCUCGGACUCGGAGGCCAACGGCUUCGCCGAGCGCCGCAUCGACAAGUUCGGCUUCAUCGUGGGCUCACAGGGCGCCGAGAGCGCGCUGGAGGAAGUCCCCCUGGAGGUGCUGAGGCAGAGGGAGUCUAAGUGGCUGGACAUGCUCAACAACUGGGACAAAUGGAUGGCCAAGAAGCACAAAAAGAUCCGCCUGCGGUGUCAGAAAGGCAUCCCACCUUCUCUGCGGGGCCGUGCUUGGCAAUACCUGUCAGGAGGCAAGGUGAAACUGCAGCAGAAUCCUGGAAAGUUUGACGAGCUGGACAUGUCUCCUGGGGACCCUAAAUGGCUUGAUGUGAUUGAGCGUGACCUGCACAGACAGUUCCCUUUCCAUGAGAUGUUUGUGUCCCGUGGAGGUCAUGGCCAGCAGGACCUGUUCCGUGUGCUAAAGGCCUACACGCUGUACCGACCUGAGGAGGGCUACUGCCAAGCCCAGGCGCCUAUUGCUGCUGUUCUACUCAUGCACAUGCCUGCUGAGCAAGCCUUCUGGUGUCUGGUACAGAUCUGUGAGAAGUAUCUGCCUGGCUACUACAGUGAGAAAUUGGAGGCGAUCCAGCUGGACGGCGAGAUCCUCUUCUCAUUGCUGCAGAAGGUGUCACCUGUGGCCCACAAGCACCUCAGCCGUCAGAAGAUUGACCCGCUGCUCUACAUGACAGAGUGGUUCAUGUGCGCCUUUGCCCGCACCCUGCCCUGGAGCUCUGUGCUGCGUGUCUGGGACAUGUUCUUCUGUGAGGGAGUCAAGAUCAUCUUCCGGGUGGGGUUGGUGCUACUGAAGCACGCACUGGGCUCCCCAGAGAAGCUCAAAGCCUGCCAGGGCCAGUACGAGACCAUCGAGCAACUGCGGAGCCUGAGUCCCAAGAUCAUGCAGGAAGCCUUCCUGGUUCAGGAGGUGGUAGAGUUGCCUGUGACAGAGCGCCAGAUUGAGCGUGAGCAUCUCAUCCAGCUGCGGCGCUGGCAGGAGACACGGGGUGAGCUGCAGUGUCGCUCCCCACCCAGGCUGCAUGGUGCCAAGGCCAUCCUAGAUGCAGAGCCCGGCCCCCGGCCUGCCCUGCAACCUUCACCAUCCAUCCGCCUACCCCCAGAUGCACCCCUCCCUGGUCCCAAAGCCAAGCCCAAGCCUCCCAAGCAGGUCCAGAAGGAGCAGCGGAAGCAGACAAAAGCAAGUGGGCAACUGGACAAGUCCCUGUCCCCCAACCAAGCCGCGGUAGUGACGGCUGCAGGAGAUGCAUGUCUCUCACAGGAGGUGCCCUCAAAGGACCUGGCUUCUCAGGACCCAGCCCCCCAGGACUCAGCACCCCAGGACUUAGCCCACCACUGCUCCCAGGAGAGCCUGAUAUCCCAGGAGAGUGAAGAUACCUACUUGUAACCCCGGCAGCUCAGGCCUCCAGGGUGGGGGUCUCCACACACCUACAUGGUUUGAAGACUGAUGCUCCAGGUCCUGCUCACCCAAGGGCCCCACUGCUUGGCCACUGGGCUGGGAGAGUCUGGCUGGACUAGCACAGAUUCUGCCUGAGCCUCCUUAUUUAUUUUCUCUAGAGUGGAGCUCGGGCUGGCCCAGCCAGGGCAGACAGAAGCCAGGGCCAAGUGGGUGGGGCCUCAUUCAGCACCCUUCCUGGAUGCUCCCAGGAUUAGGGUGCUGGCAUGAGGAGAGAGGGUGGGGUGCCCUUUGUGUAAAAUAGAAAUGUGGUUUUGUACAGAAAUAAACAGGCUUGUGUAGAGA